GAAAGCUAAUUUAUUGCCUUGCGAUUUAUUCGCCAUGGCGAAGCGACAGCGAGUCUACCCACCCCGCAGCAACCGCUUUCAGGACAAAGUGGCCAUAGUCACCGGGGCGGCGGGGAACUUUGGUGCAGUGUGCGCGCGGAUGUUGGCGGCAGAGGGAGCAAAGCUGGCGCUGUUGGACCUGGUGGAGGACAAGCUUCAGGCAGUGGCUACAGAAGUUCGAGAAAGCUAUGGAGUACAAGUGAAGGCAUUCACUUUGGAUGUGACAAAAGAGGCUGAUGUGGAGAAGGCGGUUGCUGAAGUGAAGAAGGAAUUUGGACGCAUCGACUGCUUGUUCAACAACGCCGGUUACCAGGGCUUAUUCGCCCCAGUGGACGAUUACAGCGUCGAGGACUUUGAGAAGGUCCUGAAGAUCAAUGUCACCGGCGUGUUUUCUAUGCUGAAGUACGUGUCAAAGGUCAUGAUCGAUCAGAAGGGCGGCAGCAUCGUGAACACGGCCUCAUGUGCCGGCCUGGGCUGCCCCACAGCGAUGCCUGCCUAUGGCACCAGCAAGGCGGCGGUGCUACACCUCACGAAGAUCUCGGCCUUGGACUUGGCGCCCAGCAACGUGCGGGUGAACUCCGUCAGUCCGGCCUUCAUCGGGCCCGAGGACGGCUUCAUGUGGCGGCGCCAGGUGGAGCUUCAGGCGCAGGCCAACCCCACCCACGCGCCGGAGCGGUACUACUCCAACAACCCGGAUGAGGUCUCCAAGCAGAUGCUGGAGUCAGUGCCUUUGCGGCGUUUGGGCACGCCGGAGGAGGUGGUUCAGGCGGUGAUGUUCCUGUUGAGCGAGGAUUCCUCCUACAUCACGGGCACAGACAUCAAUAUCUCCGGUGGAAAUGUCCUGGGUGGAUCCAGGGGCUGAGCACCCCCGUAUGGAUAGAAAAGGCAGGGAGCGAGAGAGAGAGAGAGAGAGAGAGAGAGAAAAAAAAAAAAGCGCCUUCUGCCUCAAGUUAAAGCUGCUGGAAUCAACCACUGGG